GCUGCCAUUAUCCUGCCCUUGUCUGUACUUUCAUUUUAUUUGAGCUUCUUUGAGAGAGAGGAUAGAGCUGUGCUGAAAAGAAGAAUCAAGUAAACAUGAACUUCGUCUUGUGCUUUGCAGCCCUAGCUGCAGUUUGCUUGGCAGUGGAAUCCAAACGCUCACCACCCAAAAUUCAGGUGUACAGCCAGGGGCCAGGCGAGUAUGGCAAGGAAAAUGUCCUGAUCUGCCAUGUGAGCAAGUUCCACCCACCUGAUGUUAGCAUCGUGCUAAUGAAGAACGGAGUAGAAAUCCCAGGCACCAAGCAGACUGACCUGUCCUUUGGAAAGGACUGGCACUUCUAUCUGACCAAGCACGUCAAGUUCACACCCAACAAAGGAGAGGAGUACACCUGCAAGGUCACCCAUGGGGAAAACACAAGCUCUCACUACUGGGAGCCAAACAUGUAACUGUCCUCAGACCCACUCCACUCUACCCUGGGAAUAGUGCAUUUGAUCACUGCAACAGAUAUUAGUUUGGAGCAGUCUGCAAUACAGUCACGCAACACCACCGCCUCUUGUGACAUCAGCUACAGCUGCGAUUAUUCUUCAGUUGUUCAAUCAAAAGGAUCUUUCUCACUUUUCUUUUUACAAUAGCAAAUACCAAUACUCACAUUAUGGGGAAUCUAAACGUUCAUAUAGUCAUUUAAUAUGACAACGCGUGGGCUGUAGGUCUUUUAGUCACAAAAUUUAGCAGUGUUUCAUUUAAAUUUCCCAUCUUUAUACAUCAAAUUGUCUGUACAUUUAGUUUUAGAUUUAAGUGCAACAUAUGUUUAAUCUGUCUGUAAUAUUUGUUUCUAGGAACUGUUUUGAUUGUUUUUCUACUUAAAUUAGAGAUUCGAAAUGGUGAUUGGUGAAGGUUGACAAAUUUGUGUGAUGAUUUAUUGUAUGUUUGGUCUUUUUUCUGAGGUAAAUGUUUAUUUAACAAAUAAAUAAAUUCCUCUCUA